GGGAGUCUUUUUAAGUCUUACUAAACCUGACCCUUGCACCCUGAGUCAGAAGAAAAGGAUGAAACAGUGAAGUUCACACAGUUAGCUGCCGUGUUGAUUUCUUAUCUAGGAAUUAUGACUGCAAACCGUUUGUAGCCAGCUGGCUGAGUCCUCUGCAGGCUGUUAGUUUCCCGGCAGUUCAGCUGCACAUGAGCGGAACAGCAAUGAGAGCCAGUCAGAAGGACUUUGAAAAUGCAAUGAAUCAGGUGAAACUCUUGAAGAAGGAUCCAGGAAAUGAAGUGAAGCUAAAACUCUACGCACUUUAUAAACAGGCCACUGAAGGAUCUUGUACUAUGCCUAAACCAGGUGUGUUUGACUUGGUCAAUAAGGCCAAAUGGGAUGCGUGGAAUGCCCUUGGCAGCCUGCCUAAGGAAACUGCCAGGCAGAACUAUGUGGAGUUGGUGUCCAGUUUGACUUCUGCAUCACAACCCUCUAGCCAGGUGGAGCCUGGAGCAGACAGGAAACCAUCUGCAUAUGAAACCCUGGAGGUGACCUCAGAAGAUGGCAUCACAAAGAUCAUGUUCAACCGGCCCACCAAAAAAAAUGCCAUCACCACUCAGAUGUAUCACGAAAUUAUGCUCGCGCUCAAAGCUGCAGGCAAGGAUGACUCAUCGGUAACUGUUCUAACAGGAAACGGUGAUUAUUAUAGUAGUGGGAAUGAUCUGACUAACUUCACUGAUCUUCCCCCUGGUGGACCAGAAGAGAAAGCCAAAAAUAGUGCCAUUUUACUGAGGGAUUUUAUAGACUGUUUUAUAGAUUUCCCUAAGCCUCUGAUCGCAGUGGUAAAUGGUCCGGCUGUGGGGAUCUCCGUCACCACUCUGGGGCUAUGUGAUGCUGUGUAUGCGACUGACAGGGCAACAUUCCAUACUCCAUUUAGUCACCUAGGCCAGAGUCCAGAAGGAUGCUCCUCCUACACUUUUCCGAAGAUAAUGGGUCCAAGCAAGGCAACUGAGAUGCUUAUUUUUGGAAAGAAAUUAACAGCAAGAGAGGCAUGUGCUCAAGGACUUGUUACUGAAGUUUUUCCUGAUAGCACUUUUCAGAAAGAAGUUUGGACCAGGCUGAAAGCGUAUGCAAAGCUCCCCCCAAAUGCCAUGAGAAUUUCAAAAGAGAUAAUGAGAAGUAGGGAGAAAGAAAAGCUACGUGCCAUUAAUGUUGAAGAAUGCAAUGUCCUUCAGGAAAGAUGGCUGUCAGAUGAAUGCAUGAAUGCGGUCAUGAACUUCUUAUCCAGAAAAGCAAAACUGUGAUUGAUGACCGCGACAGCAGAGUUAAGCUUUCCAAGGAAGGAAUGUGGUGUUAACUUAUUCCUAGCACUUGAACUAAAAAACUUCAUUGUGCCUUUUUUGUAGUGAGAAAAUAUCAAUUAUGGUGAUUAUAUUUUAUCGCAGCUCUGAGAAAUAAAAACAUUUUUUAAAACAAGUUUCAAGAAUUCA